CCAAAUCCAUUAUUAAAAAAAAAAAAAAAAAAAAAAAAACCAAUCCAAGAAAAGAAAGGAAUUGCGUCCAUAUUCUCUUUUAUUUCUUCUCAUCAUUAAUCAUUUCCCCUCGUUCCCUUCUUUCUCUCUCCCCUUAAUUUUAUGCCAUGUUCUUCCAUAUUCCUCUUCUCUUUCUCCUCUCUUUCUCAGGGUUUGGGGGUGGUUUAAGAGGAGCUACAUCGUUGGGUAUAAACUAUGGUCAAAUCGGCAAUAAUUUACCAUCACCCGAUAAGGUUUUGGAUAUGUUGACGGCAUUAAGGAUUACAAAAGUAAGAAUCUACGACACUAAUCCGGAGGUUUUAUCGGCAUUUGCCAACUCUAAGGUUGAGAUUAUUGUUACCGUUGAAAAUGAAAUGUUGGCCCAACUUAUGGACGCCCAACAAGCCCUCCAAUGGGUUACUGCUCGCAUCAAACCUUACGUUCCUGCAACUCGAAUUACCGGAAUUGCGGUUGGUAACGAGGUAUUUACAGACAACGACAUGACGUUAAUGGAGACACUAGUCCCAGCCAUGUUAAGCAUCCACACAGCCUUAACCCAACUAGGCCUAGACGCCAUAAAAAUCUCAACACCAAGUUCCUUAGCCGUCCUACAAGAAUCGUAUCCACCCUCCGCCGGAAGUUUCAAGCCAGAAAUCACGGGAAUCAUGUCACAAUUCUUACAGUUCCUGUCAACAACAAAAUCCCCAUUUUGGAUAAACGCAUACCCGUAUUUCGCAUACAAAGGCGACCCAAAUUCCGUCCCUUUAGAAUACGUAUUAUUCAACCCAAAUCCAGGCAUGAUCGAUCCAUUCACAAGGCUUCAUUAUGACAACAUGCUUUAUGCUCAAGCUGAUGCUGUUCUUUUUGCAAUGGCUAAAAUGGGUUUUGGUGGAAUUGAAGUUAGGAUUUCAGAGACUGGUUGGCCUUCUAAAGGAGACCCAGAUGAGACAGGGGCUACUGUUGAAAAUGCUGCUAAUUAUAAUAGGAAUUUGUUGAGAAGACAAAUGGCCAAUGAAGGAACUCCUUUGAGACCUAAUUUGAGACUUGAGAUUUAUCUCUUUGCUUUGUUUAAUGAGAAUUUGAAACCUGGGCCUACUAGUGAAAGGAAUUAUGGCCUUUAUCAACCUGAUGGAACCAUGGCUUAUAAUGUCGGCCUCAUCUCCUCCUUUAAAGGCUCUUCUUCUUCUUUCUCACCUUCUUCCAUUUCUCUCUCCUCCUCUGCUUCCACAAACCCAAAGGGUGCAACCAUGGGAUAUUAUCAAAGCUUGGUGUACUGGAUGUUUGUGUAUUUGCUGACCUAUCAAGUUUUUAUGAGAAGGCCAUUGUAUAAUUAAAUUUAGGUUAACUAUAAUAAUAUAUAUUUUUUUCAUCUCGGACUUAGUAAAUUUUAGUUCUUUCAUUUUUA